AUUUCUUUUUCUUUUUUUAUCCAAGGUUAAACGCCAUUUUGUGUUGUGUUUAUGUCGUUUGCCGCUACUUUGGAGACAGGGAAUAAGAGAUGAGCUACCGCGACCAUCCGUACCGUCCCGACAGCAUGAUGCUGGACCCCAACACUGUCAGCUCGCGGGUGUACGUGGGCAGCCUGCCUGUCCACGAGAUCACCAAGGGGGAUCUCGAGGAGCGUUUUUCCAAGCACGGCAACGUGCUGGGGGUGUCCAUGAACACCAGAGGCUUUGGCUUCGUGCAGUUCGAGGACGAGGAGAGUGCGGCAGAUGCCAUCAAGAUGGAGCACGGAUCUCUCUUCCGCGGCAAAAAGCUGGAUGUGAAGGCAGCACGCAUCUACUCGCGGCCUGGGGGCCCGCCGCCACGACGCAACGACGAUGACCGUGGCAGAGAGAGAGAGCGAGACAUGGACAGAGGCAGAGACAUGGACAGGGGCCGAGAUAUGGACAGGGGCCGAGAUAUGGACAGGGGCAGGGACAUGGACAGGGGCCGAGACAUGGACAGAGAGCGGGACCGCCCUCCUCGCGACAUGGAUCGCCAGUCCCGUGACAUGGAUCGUGCGUCCCGUGAUGAUCGCCCGCCCCGCGAUAUGGAUCGAGACUCGUUCCGAGACCGGUCCCCUGUGGGCGAGCGCGACUGGCGAGGAAACAGGUCUCGUAAUGACGAUCGCUGGCCAUUAAGUAGUGAUCGUGAUAGGUUCGACUACCCUCGCAAGGGUUCCAUCGAGCGAGAUGGCCGGAGCAGCUUCUACAGCGGCCGCGACAGGGAUGGACAGUUUCCCCCGGACUCCUUCCGAGGCCCGGUCGGCCGCGAUGAACGCCCGGUGGGCUACGGGAAGGAUCCUUUCUCGUUCAACGAGCCGCGUGGGCCGAUACCAACCGUCCCCAAUGUGGCCAACGUGGAUCGCACCAAUGACUGUGAGAUCAUCGUGGUGAACAAGGAGCAGAGGGAGUACGCGGAGUACAUAGAGCACCGCCUCAAGCAGCUGGGCAUGACGGUAGACCUGCUAUUCCCCAACGAGGAAGUGCCAGUCAGCCGAGUGCUAGCCAACAUCUCCCAGCGCGGCAGCCUCUACGCCAUCGUGGUGAUGCCACAGAACGAGGAGCACCGCAGCCUCACCCUCAACAUCCUGCACGGCCAGCCCCAGGAGCACCGCAACAUGCCGAUUGAGGAUGCCAUCCCGCUGAUGUCGCGCAACUACGAGGCAUACGUGCGCGGAGAGAGGGCAAGCCGGUGCCGAGCGCGGGUGGCAGUGGUCCCGGCAGGCACGUCCAGUUCGGCCGCGCUGCCCGAGCGCCACCCAGAGGCCAUGCAGGUGCUACUGAACCUGCUUGCAGACAACCGGCAGCUGACCGCGCUGCAGUACGAGCGCGUCAUCGCAUACCUGCAGGAGUGCCGCGAGUGUCAGCUCAAGCUGGAGCUGGUGACGCCGAGUCCGUUGUGUGGGCCCGUGGUGUUGCAGCGCCCAGUCAGGCCAAGAAGCAGGUGGAUCUUCAGCAUCGCAUUCUCAACAUCCUGAACAGCUCGUCUGUGGGGGCGCCGGCACCCGUGCCGGUGCCCGUCAUGCCCCCUGCCACUUCGAACAGCGGGGGGUGGGGCGGCUCUGGCCCCACGCCCCUGCUCAGUGACCCCACCGUGCAGAGAAGGCUCUCGACAGCCUCAUGCAAGGCAAUGUGCUGCGGAGCAUUACCACCACCCAGUCCAACACGCUCACCACGCACACGUCCUCUAGCUCGUUGGGCACGCCCCCGUCCCAGCCGCUGUUCGGUGCCUACUCGUCGGCUGCCAACGCUUACUCCAACGCGUCAGGUCGCCGCUACUAGCCUCCCUCCCAGCUUUUAUAUUCUUUGUGUCGUGAGUCUAUGUUUUUUUUUUUCCAACUUGAUGUCUCAAUAAAGAGCAAACCUGUAUUAACAUGAUUAUCCCUUAUAACUAUUGGUUGUGCGUUACUUGAUGUUUGUUCGUGACUCUGUAUGCUUCGUGUUUCGUAAAUGCCGUAGCGAGAUGUGCAUUCCAUCAGCUGAUUCUGUCGACCGGAAACGUACAUGUGCUAAAAUAAUUUUAUCAUAUUUCAUAGAAAUAAUGAAAUGUUGAAUUUUUAUUCUACUGUA